CUUUUUAAAAUCUAUGUGAUUUGAUCGUGAUUUGAACUUCAUUCAUAAUAAUGAAAAAUUAACACUAUUCUAUUUUGUUUUACGCUUAUCUUUAGUUUAGGUUGAAUAUGAAUAUUAUUUUUAUUUUCUAAAUGAUAUCGUUAUUUGGUCGACGUCGCGAAUAAUCGCCACUGGAAUUUAUUCGGGUAUGUUUCACUUCUCAAAAAUUCAACUCGAAUUCCCAACGGUGACGAUCCCUACGUUUUCAUUCAUUUCGUAAUAAUCAAGCUGCUCAACAUAUUUUUGAAUUACUACAUACGUCAAAAUUGCCGAAAGAAUCACGCGGAUAUGGAGUGCAGAAUGGGAAUAAUUAACACAAUAUAUUCAGAGUUGAGCAACAGGUAAAAUGCCAGUUCAGAGUUUUAACGCUGCCGUCGUUUUACUCCACUAUUUCAAAUCGACCGAAACCAUUGAUUGCUUUCGUUUAAUCACAUCUAUUCGCCGAGAUGACACCGCUUCGCCUCACAGUUGUGAUAAUCUUAUUGCAAAUUAAGGUCGCCUUGUCUGCCGAUUUGGUAAUUCAAAUACCAGAACCAUCUAAUCAGGAAAAUGGCAUCUAUAGACUAGAUUAUGCUCCACCAAAAGGUUCACCUCCUCCAAACACGACAAUUUCGGCAAAAGAUAUCAACAAUAUAAUUCAUUUUUCACACGCUUUACCCGGAACUAAAUAUGAAUUCUGGUUAUAUUUCUCCAAUUCCACUGUAUCCGAAUUACUAACAUGGACUGCAGCCAUCACAACUCCACCAGAUCCUCCUCUAAACUUGAGUGUUAAUAUUAGGGGCGGUAAAACAGCUCAGAUUAGUUGGAGUGGGCCACUAGCCGGUGAAUUUUCUGGUUUCAAGAUGAAGGUGCUUAGCUUAACCGAAAAUGUGCCAAUGCGAACGAUAAGUCUGACCGAAAGUCCGUAUGUUUUGAAAGAUUUAACACCCGGUGGUUCGUACCAAGUUCAGUUGUUCACUGUCUAUGAUAAUAAAGAAAGUGUGGCAUAUAUUUCGCGGAACUUUACCACUAAACCAAGCACACCUGGUAAAUUCAUCGUAUGGUUUAGAAAUGAAACCACAUUACUAGUCUUGUGGCAACCUUCAUAUCCGGCCAGUAUAUUCAGUCAUUAUAAAGUAUCCAUUGAACCAGCUGACGCGCCAGAAAGCGUACUUUAUGUGGAACGUGAGGGUGAACCGCCUGGUCCAGCACAGGCUGCAUUCAAAGGCCUUAUUCCAGGCAGAGCAUACAAUAUUUCUGUGCAAACAGUCAGUGAGGAUGAAAUUUCAACGCCAACUACAGCUCAAUAUCGCACCAUUCCAUUGCGACCUUUAUCACUGACCUAUGAUAAGAGCUGGCUAACGUCUCGUAGCAUCCGUGUAUCAUGGGAGCCGCCUAAAGGUUUAUGCGAAUUUGACAAGUAUCAGAUUAGCGUCAACGUUCGAAGACAGUCUGGUAUUACGACAGCCCCAAUUACGCGCGGUAGGGACGAGCCCACAGUAUGUGAUCUAAAUGAAGGAUUAGAACCUGGUCGAACGUAUCAAAUCUUGGUGAAAACUUUCUCAGCCAAAGUGGCUAGUUGGCCAGCUACGUUGAAUGUUACAAUGAAACCAUUACCAGUUAAAGAUCUGACCACAGCUAGUGCUGCAACAACCGGUGACUUUAAAAUUAAAUGGCGUGUAGAUAAUUCCAGUUACCAAGAAUUAUUCAAAAUCAGUUAUGUUGAAGCGGAAUCGUUGAAUGGUGACAGUAACACCACUUUGGUCGAAGGCAAAGAGUAUGAUUUAGAUUCUCUUUUGCCUGGUCGAAAUUAUUCCAUAUCGGUACAAGCAGUCAGCAAUCAAAUUGAAAGUAAUGAAACAGUGGUGUAUCUAGCAACGCGGCCAUCAUCUCCUAUCAUUGAAGAACUUAAAUCUACCGAAUUCGGUUUAGAUAUUUCGUGGAAAUCGGAUGUGGAUUCGAGACAAGAGAACUACAUUGUCAUUGUAUCACGAAAUGAUUCCGCAUCCGAACCUAUGAUCACCAACACAACCGUACCAAAACUAAUGCUAAAGAAUUUGUAUCCUGGUGCCGGCUAUCAUAUCAAAGUAAUUGCCGUCAGUCAUGGUCUACAAAGCGAACCCCAUGACUACUUCCAAGCUGUUUACCCAAAACCUCCUAAAAAUCUCACGGUUGAAAAAGUCAACUCUAAUACAGUUGUAGUCCGUUGGCAAGAACCAAUUGACUCCCAAUUCUCUGAAUACUCCAUUCGUUUCCGAACUGAAGAAGACGAGAAAUGGGUUCGCUUACCAGGUGUAAAAGGUGCCACUGAAACAGAAAUCGCCGAUAUGACACCAGGUGAAAGAUACCUCAUACAAGUGAAUACUGUCAGUUACGGUGUCGAAUCAGUUCAUCCUCUGCAGUUGAAUUACACAGUGAGGCCAAACCCUGUCACCAAUAUGAUUGGAUUGGUCGAUUCGACCAAUAUUACUUUGGAAUUUGCCAGACCCGAAGGACGUAUCGAAUAUUAUGCGGUAUUUUGGAGUGCAACCUCAACUGAAGCCAACACCCAGCAUCCUAUUAUUCAAGAGCAGUCGAAAAACGUCACAGAUACAGGCAGAGACGAGAAAAAUGUUCGAAUCUCAAUUGAAGAUCUGAUGCCUGGAAUUAAAUAUCACUUUGAUAUACAAACUGUCUCAUACAAUUUAGAGAGUGAUAUUAGUUCAACAGAUUUGCAAACCAUGCCACUCAUUUUGUCCGAAGUCUUGAUUGUCAACGAUCCUCUUGACACCGAUCACGUUACUCUGAGGUACACACCAACGCCUCAAAGUUCAUCACAUUUCGAUCGUUAUCGAUUCCAAAUAUCAGAUCCAUCAAUAGCAGUCAAAGAGAAACUGGCCAAUGACACAGAAACCAAAGUAACAUUUGAUAAUCUAGUACCUGGAAGACUGUACAAUUUCACCAUUUGGACAGUAGCUGAUGGUGUUGCCAGUCAGCCGCUUUUAAAGCAAGAUCGCCUCUACCCAGAACCGAUUCUUGGUAUCAAUGCCAGCUCAAUUUCUGAUCGUUUCAUUGAUUUAACUUGGGAUCGGCCUAGAGGAGAAUACGACACAUUUGAAGUACAGUAUUUGAACGCUGAUGAUAUCCUGGUUCAAAAUUCCACCUCUGAUACUCGUAUCACAUUGACUGGUUUGAAACCAUUUCACAACUACACAUUCACUGUUAUUGUUAGAUCUGGCACUGAGUCAUCAAUUUUACGUCAUUCAUUACCAGUCAGCAGUAGUUUUGCUACGGAUGAAUCUGUUCCUGGCCAGGUCAAUAAGUUCCAUCCUAUUGAUAUUCAACCUAGCGAUAUUACGUUUGAAUGGUAUCUUCCCAAAUCCGAGCAGAAUGGUGUUAUUUUAAAGUUCACUGUUAUUUAUGGUUUGGAGGGAUCAAGUCAUGUGCAAAUCAAGGAGUUUAAACCAUGGGAUAUACAAGGUGCUGUGAAAAAUUUAUCACCUGGUAAAACAUACCUGUUCAGGAUACAAGGUGAGACAAAGAUUGGACCCGGUCCAGAAACGGUGUGGAAACAACGAAUGCCUAUUCUGGCACCUCCUAGACCAAGUAGUCAAGUUGUGCCAACUGAGGUGCGUCGUGGAACCACAACAAUUCAGAUCAGAUUCCGUAAAAAUUACUUCAGUGAGCAGAAUGGGCCAAUUACCAAUUACACAGUUAUUGUGGCUGAAGAUGAUAACAAAAACGCAUCUGGAAUUGAAAUGCCGAGCUGGAGAGAUGUCCAAGCAUACAGUAUUUGGCCUCCAUAUCAAGUGAUGGAGCCUUAUUAUCCAUUUGAGAAUUCUUCAGUUGAAGACUUUACCAUUGGUGAACAGAACUGUGAAGGUGUUAAAGGCUACUGUAAUGGACCCCUUAAGAGUGGCACUACGUAUCGUGUGAAAAUCAGAGCAUUCACCGCACCUGAUAAGUUCACUGAUACGUUUUAUUCAUUCCCUAUACAGACUGAUCGUGAUAAUACACCAUUGCUUGUUGGUGUCAGCAUCCCUCUUAUUCUGAUAAUGAUACUUUGUGCUGUGUUCUUAGCAUUGAAAAAGAAACGUUCAAUGAUUAAGAAAGCGAUAGAAUGUCGUAAUGAUAGCUUAUCGUUGCCAGAAAGCAUUGUAGAAACGAGUCGUCCAGUAAGAUUAGAGAAUUUUGCCGAACAUUAUCGCAUCAUGUCAGCUGAUUCGGAUUUCCGUUUCUCUGAAGAGUUUGAGGAACUGAAACAUGUUGGUCGUGAUCAACUAAACACUGCAGCUGACCUGCCCUGUAAUCGACCUAAAAACCGAUUCACAAAUAUCCUUCCUUAUGAUCACUCCCGUUUCAAAUUGCAACCAGUUGAUGACGAGGAAGGCUCAGAUUACAUCAAUGCUAACUAUGUACCUGGUUAUAAUUCACCCCGUGAAUUCGUUGUUACCCAGGGCCCUCUCCAUUGCACUCGAGACGAUUUCUGGCGCAUGUGCUGGGAAAGUAACAGCAGAGCUAUUGUCAUGCUCACCAGAGUGGUAGAGAAAGGUCGUGAAAAAUGUGACCAUUACUGGCCAUAUGACACGUUACCAGUUUACUAUGGUGAUAUAUCCGUUACAUUGCUCAAUGAUACGCAUUAUCCUGACUGGGUCAUCUCUGAAUUUAUAAUGUGUCGAGGUGAUCAGCAACGUAUGCUAAGGCAUUUCCAUUUUACUACGUGGCCUGAUUUUGGGGUACCAAAUCCACCACAAACGCUUAUACGAUUUGUCAGGACAUUCAGAGAACGAAUCGGACCUGAUCAGAGGCCAGUUGUUGUACAUUGUAGCGCUGGAGUUGGUCGUUCCGGUACAUUUAUUGCAUUAGAUAGGAUACUGCAGUCGAUUAUCCAUUCGGAUGUUGUUGACAUUUUCGGCAUUGUGUAUGCGAUGCGAAAAGAACGUGUCUGGAUGGUGCAAACUGAACAGCAGUAUAUUUGUAUUCAUCAGUGUUUGUUAGCUGUACUUCAAGGGCAGGAAAAUCAGGCUGCCAUUAGAGAAAUUCAUCAUAAUCAAGGAUAUGAAGAUGACGAAGGCAUAGCCGAAUCUAAUAUAUGAGUUUUUAACCUUAAGCGUCAAUUUGAAGCCAUAUUUUAUAUUAAAAUGUAAACAUUGACCAAGCCUUUGUUAACCACUGUACAUUGCGCCAACAACUUUUACAUCUUGAUGUUUCAUAUUUUGAUACAUAGGUAUAUAAACCUGCCAUAUUAUACAGGGUGGACAGAAAUAUCGGGUACCCCUAAGAAAGUUUUUCAUUAAAAAUAUAGGUUGGCAACGUGAAAUAGAUGCAUAUGAUUGGUGAAAUGUUAUCUCUCCAGUCUAACAACCAAUCAUGUGCUACCAUUAUUAUCAUUCACUGUGACCAACCGAAGUAUUUAUCAGAAAACUUUUUUAAGGGUACCCAAUAUUUCUGUCCACCCUGUAUUGUUGCGUAUCCCUCCUCCUCCCCAUACCUAUUUCAUUCACUGGAUUGUAUUUUGCUAUUAUUUUUUAAAAUUUUGAAGUUGUUAUUAUUGUUUUUGUUGUUAUUGUUUAUAUUUAUGUUUAUAUUUUUCGUUUCAAUUACGAGAACUAUGAAAAAAUCAAUUCCAAUAUGUGCUGCCGUUAUUGAACUAUUGGCUGUAUGCAUGCUCCAUCCGUCCGUUUCUUAAUAUUUUUUUAUUUAAUUUUUUUUUUACUAAAGUGGACAUUAGUGCCUAAAAAUUUGGCUAUUACCUACUUUGCAUUUCAUCGCGUAUUAUUAUUAUUAGUUAUAAAUCAUUAUACUUAAAUGAUCUUAUUUUAAUAAUGUAAGUGACCCAGUUUAAAUUCUUAUUUAUUUGGUAGGAGUACCUAGAUCUGUUUUGAUAUUUACUUAAUAGUGAUAAAUUUUCUUUUCAUGAUUAUAGAUUAGUCAUCUUCAUAAAUUGAAUCAGUUAUUUUUAGCAGCAUUUUAAAUAAUUGAAUAUUUGACAUGACUUAACAUUGUUGCGUACUGAAUACUCCUUAUGUUUUGGUGAGAUUUUCAUCUACCAUACUAUACUUGGUGAUCUUGACCUUGACUAAGCAUAGCUUAUUCAUCGAUUUUUUAAAUUUUCCAUUCAUGCAUGUACUAAAGUACCUAAUUCUUAACUUAAAAGUUGAAUUUAUGUGAUAGGAAAACAUUAUUGCCUAAGAGAAUAUUUUAUGACUAGGAGAGAUUUUUUCAGUGAUUUUAAAAAUGUGAUAUGUGCAACUUACAUCUACCUAUACGUAUAAUGUCUUCCUUAACCUAUGUACUACAUACCUACCAUGUAAUUUGAAGCAUAUUUUCAAUCAAGAAUUGAAAUAAAAGGCUCAUUUGUAUUGUAUUUUUAUAAAUAUGUAUGUAUCUUACUGAUUCGGCAACUAUUCGAUAUGUAAAGUACUACUGACCCAUUUUUAUUUUUAUGCAUUAAUUUGUACCUACCUAUACGUUGUAUUUUCGUUGUUCAGCUUAAAGUAAUGUGAUAAAAUGUCAAUUACUAUUAUUUUUAUAUUAGAUAUCUAAUUUACUUACUGUUGGAUCGGAUCUAAUAGGUGAUGAAUAAAAAUAUAUGUACUUUGCUCUU